CCGGCCAGAGCAGCCCAGGAAGCCUCUGAUCGCAGCACAGCCUUGGAUUUAUUUCAAGGGAAAACAACCCGGAAAGCCCUCCGCAAGGCCCUCAUCCUGAGCGUAUGCCCCUGGAAAAGCGAGGGAUGAGCACCUCCCUGAGCUACAAGUCCUUCUCCAAAGAGCAGCAGACCAUGGAUAACCUGGAGAAACAGCUGAUUUGCCCCAUCUGCCUGGAGAUGUUCACCAAGCCGGUGGUCAUCCUGCCCUGCCAGCACAACCUCUGUCGGAAGUGCGCCAGCGACAUUUUCCAGGCCUCCAACCCCUACCUGCCAACCAGGGGAGGCACGACCAUGGCGUCGGGAGGCCGCUUUCGCUGUCCCUCCUGCAGGCAUGAAGUGGUCCUCGACCGGCACGGCGUCUACGGGCUGCAGAGGAACCUGCUGGUGGAGAACAUCAUUGACAUCUACAAGCAGGAGUCCACAAGACCAGAAAGGAAAUGUGACCAGCUAAUGUGUGAAGAGCACGAAGAUGAGAGAAUUAAUAUCUACUGUCUGAACUGUGAAAUGCCCACCUGCUCCUUGUGCAAAGUCUUUGGUGCCCACAAAGACUGUCAAGUUGCUCCCCUCACAAACGUUUACCAGCAACAGAAGUCCGAGCUGAGUGAUGGCAUUGCAGUCCUGGUGGGGAGCAACGACAGAGUGCAAGGGAUAGUCACCCAGCUGGAGGAGACCUGCAAGACAGUUGAGGAAUGCAGCAGACGACAGAAAGAGCAGCUGUGUGAAAAAUUUGAUUAUCUCUAUUCUGUACUGGAGGAAAGAAAAAAUGAGAUGACACAAAUAAUCACUAGAACCCAAGAGGAGAAACUGGAACACGUCCGCUCCCUGAUAAAGAAGUACGCAGAUCACUUGGAAGCUGUGUCAAAGCUGGUUGAAUCGGGAAUCCAGUUCAUGGAAGAACCAGAAAUGGCUGUGUUUUUGCAGAAUGCCAAAACAUUGCUACAAAAAAUUAAUGAAGCAUCUAAAGGAUUUCAAAUGGAAAAAAUAGAGGAUGGGUAUGAAAAUAUGAACCAAUUCACAGUGAACCUCAGUAGAGAAGAAAAGAUAAUACGAGAAAUUGAUUUUGACAGAGAGGAGGAGGGAGAAGAGGAAGAGGAGAUGGUGGAUGGUGAAGAUUUGGAUGAAGUCCACACAGAGUCAUCAGGAGAGGAGGAGGAGGAAGAGGUGAAGGAGGAAGGGGCUGAGAGAGCAUCACAGCCAUCUCAGCAGGACCCCAAACUGCAGAGCACAGUGGGGGAGCCCCCAGCGGAACCGGCGCUGGCACCACCACUUGCCACCCGAGCUGGGCAGACUGGUUCUGAACCGUCCCCACAAGGACAAGUGGAGGAAAAUCCUGUGCCCAAUGAGAGGAGUGACGAGCCAGCCCGACAUGUCUUCUCCUUCUCCUGGUUGAACUCACUGACUGAAUGA